UAAGACUGUUGAACAGUCUUAAUACGGCCAUGCAUUCAGAGCGCUAUAGAUUCAUUAUCAUCACAAUUAUCAUGCUGUAUUAUCCCCAUUUUGUUCCCCCAAAGGGUAACCAUCUCAGCACGGUAUUCUUAUUUCAAAAGGAUGUGUAUUCCAUCGUGUAAGUCACUUAUUUCAAAAACCACGAGAAGACACAGAGCUAAGAGACAUGCUUCUCUUUCUUUGCCUAUUCGUAUUCCCUCUCACAUCGGCAAAUCAGAAAACAAGGAACUCCAUGUUUGGCCAUUCACUCCUUGCAUCUCCCUACAACGAGACAGAUGUUGGGGAACUUUGGGAAUGCUACAAACUCUGCUAUGACGACAAAGAAAACUGCGCCAGCAUCAAUUACGACAUGAAAAAAGGGAGAUGCAAACGCAUGAAGGUUACACAUGUAAACCUGCCUUGCGAACUCGUGAAAAUGAAGGACCAUGUUUACGCGGAUAUAAGAGGUUGCGCUAAGAAGCAGCACCCUCUGGGAAUGGAAGAUGGCAGCAUUCCUGACUCGAGUAUCACGGCUUCGUCACAAAAUCAUGCAAACUACAGCCCUUAUUAUGGACGUCUGAAUAACCAAGCAGUUAGUGGCAAACGCUGGGGGUCAUGGGCAGCCAAGAUUAAUCAAAAAGGCGAGUACCUGCAGGUGGACCUGGGCCGAGUCACAUGGGUUACCCAUGUUGCAACGCAGGGGCGUCCGAAAGGAUCAAGUUAUAUCCAGUGGGUGACUGAGUACACCGUUGAAUACAGUCUCACGGGAGAUCAAUGGCAAAGUUACCCAGACGGAAAUGGUGUGAUUAAGAUUUUCCCUGGCAACUCAGAUCAGACCACUGUGGUGAAGAACGAGUUCUCCCCUGCCAUCAAAGCGCGUUACGUCAGGAUUGUAGUACAGGCUUGGUAUAGCUAUAUCACUAUGAGAGCGGAGUUUUACGGAUGUGCAGCUUAACUUAGUUAGACCUCUUUGGAUUGCACACAUUUCCAAUACUGUCAACUGCAUUCCGAUGGACUCCGGUCGUCAACCAUCGGAUUCCGGUGGUGAACUGACUUAGGCUUAAGGUUUUUAGUUCUUUUACUCAAACCUCACUUAUAACGGGGCUUCCUGUGGUAUUUUAUCCUGACUCGGUUUUAUCCUGAUAACGGGAUUGAUAAUCCCAAUGGGGCUUCCUGUGAUAUUUUAUUGCGGCUCCAUCUGCACACCGGGUUCCCUGUGUGCUUUUUUCGUUGGGGAAGGGGUCUACGUAGCCCGGCGAUGGAGGCGCUUAUUGGUUUUGCAUAUGAUUAUCGGCAUUAUUUUGCAUAUAAUAUUCGCCUCUUCUGGCCUAAGACAUGUGGUAUUCUGGUCGUCCGAUGCAUCCAUCCGCCGACCGGAAUCCAUCGGACUCCGGGUGACUUUUUGCAGGAGCAUGCGCUUGGGCUGGCCACUUGUAACACGGGCUCAAAAUAACGCGCCAUUGUUGUUCGUAAUUCACUAUUGUCCGGGAAUCACUGAAGCAUUUUUGUAUACAUUCCAAAUCUUACUCUCUAAAUAACUUUGUUUUUUAAAUAGCAUUAUUUCUCAAAGAAUUUCAAAUAUUCAAAGAAUUUUACACCGAUUGCAGCCAAAUUUACAGGGAAAUGUCAAGAGCUGCAAAUAAACUACGUUAGGAUGUUUUUAACAUAUAUAUGACAGUUUUAGACGCUCAAAUUGCUUAAAUUUGUAAUAUGGCCAUUUCAAAGAACAUUGGAUAUUUCUUCCAAAAUCUGCUGGAUAUCCAAUUUUGUUAUAUAUGCUAGGAUGUAUACAGUAUACAUAUCAGUAUUUAUGUUACAAGGGAAGAACCUGUGGUACACGCUCUGUGUAAUGCGCAGACCAAAUAAACGCGAUAGAUUCCUGUGAUUUAUUUAUUGCAAACACAGUGAAUCAACAUUUAUUUGAAUACUAUCGAAAUCAAUUCCUACAAAUUCCGAUCUCUUGUUCAUUCACUAGCCAAAUACUAAAACUUGAACAAGAUUUGUUUUUCAGUCACAAAUUUUAUUAACCAAAUGUCAUAAUGUACAACACAGUAUGCGUAGUACUGAGCCCUGAAGCUCUAAGUGGUUUAAUAAUUCUACUUAUUUCGUCGUAUUCCCCAAUUUUCAAAAUAAAUUAAUCGUGCUACCCAUCUAAGCUAAUGUUCAUGGAACACACCUAGAGUUGGAAUAGUGUGGUACAAAGCCUGUAUGUUUUGGUAAUUUGGUUUCAAUAAUUGUAAUUUUUGGCAAUUUCACAAAUUUGUGACUAUUUCCAGAAGUGUAGAAGUCCGCUCGUAAGGCCUAACAUGAUUGGCUAGAUUACCCUCAUUGUUCUAUUGUAUUCCCUUCGUCUGUGUUGCAUCAAUCCUAACCAAUCCAAUGUGGUGAAAUCUUCCGAUAGCUUCUACAUGGCCCACUAUUUCACCGAAGUCUAGUGUCACGGAGGAAAAUAACGAAAUAUAGAUUAACGUCAUCUUUGAAAACUAAAUAUCUUACUUUAAUUAAACACCGACCUUCCUGAAGUUAAGGACCGUUACAAAUAUGUUUUGUUUAUUCAACUAAAAGGCGUUCUGUUUGUUAAGCAAGUUAUACAAACAAAGCAACUUUAGCCGUUCCUAUGAAAUAGGAUAGCGAAAAAAAAGGUGACCCUUGACCCAGUGGAAAAGAAGGAGUGGCGCGUCCCUUUUCCAGGGGUAUUUGACAAUCGGAAUUUGGUCGUCAAUUUCUCUUAACGAAGGAAGAAAAGUUAGGUUAGUUAGGGUUUGCCCUGUGUAGGAUUCAGACCUGGCCCUCGGCAAAAUUAGCAUUUAGUACGGUUUCAGAUUUCGUGCGCAAAAAUGAUUGAAAUCUUGUCAAUCAUCAUAUUCAUGUGUGUAUCUUGCCAUGCGCACUAGCACAGCUAGCAUUUAGUGUGUGACAACCGUAGUUAGUAGCAACAUGUGAACAUUACGUAAGUCACGGUAGCCCAAGGGUAACAAACCGACAUACUCAUGGGGGGGGGAGUUCGUUCCUCGGACGCUAAUUGGCUGAGGUCUUUAUCUAAACAGAGAUAAAAGCUUUCCAUGGUUGUCAGCGUCGGAUUACCCAAGGGCGCCGUUGUAGGACCAUAUAAAAAGGGGUGCGGUAGAAGCCGCAGUCAGAUCUUGUAAACCUUCAGUCUGUAACAGCGAAGUAAAACCCGGUACCUGUACCGCCCCCA